AUGUUCUCCCAGAAGGUUGCCCAGCAGUCGCUGCGUCGGCUUGCCGUCCAGCAGCCGCUUGCUAUGCGGUCGUCCAUGAUGGGCGCUUCCCCUGUCGCUGUUUCCCUCGGCAAGAAUAUGCAGACGAGACAAGUCGCUUCGGCCCCCGACGCUCCCGACGCUCACCAGGCCGACAAGAUCCUCAUCAAGCAGCGUCUUGCCCGCCCCGUCGCCCCUCACCUUUCUAUCUACAAGCCCCAGAUCGGCUGGAUCGGCAGUUCCCUGCACCGUAUCAGCGGUGUUGCUCUCUCCGGCUCCGUCUACCUCUGGGCUACUGCCUACCUUGCCUCCCCCGUUCUCGGUUGGCACGUCGAGUCGGCCUCCAUGGUUGCUGCCAUGGCUGCCCUCCCCAUCGCCGCUAAGGUUCUCCUCAAGACCACCCUGGCCCUUCCUUUCACCUACCACUCCUUCAACGGCAUCCGCCACUUGAUGUGGGAUACCGGCCGUGGCCUCACCAACCCCGUCAUCAUCAAGACCGGCUGGGCUGUUAUCGGUCUCAGCGUUGCCAGUGCUGUCGGCCUUGCUUUGAUUUAA